UUACAGAGGACUUUUAAGAUUAAAGCGACAGAAUGAAAAUUUAGAAAAAUAUCUAGAAAAUUUAGCGCAGAAGUUGCUGUGGGUUUUAGUCUUUAUUCCAGUAUUUUUGGUAAGUAUAAGAAAAUGAAAUAUUUUAAGAGUGUUGAAACAGUGAAACCCCUUCACCUUUAAUCUUGCUGACAUUCUUCCAGUGUCUCCUUCUUUGUCUUGUCAAUGACUGUGUUCAGAUGGACUUGAGUAUCCUGGUCAUUAGUCAUAUCAUGUCUUUUUUUUUAUCAUAUUUAUGAUUCUUUGUUUACAUGUGCACAGACAAACCUGGAUAUUCAUAUAUGGGACAAACUAGUAUCCUGGUUUCUGAUCCCUGAAUCAUCUGUGGUGUUAUAUUACAACACAAAACGAGACAAGUUUAAAAUUUGAAAUAAAUUAGAUCACUGUCAGUUAUUUUGGGUUGAACACAAUUAAAUGCCAACCUCACGUUGCAGACAUGGAGCCCACCUCGCUCCAACAACAUGAGAAAACCAAAUUAAUCUCAUUUAUUUGAAGAAUGUGCUUACAGGAAAAAAGACUGAGAGCAUGGCGAGCAGUGAAAGAGAGAUCUCAAAUGAAUAAGCUUAAUAUAACCUGAUAUUCUGAAUUAUUAAGACUAUUGGAUGAUUAGAAUUAUUAACAUUAAUCACUAAGAAAGUUUGGCAGAGAUGCUGAGAAAGAGCGAAGCAACUUGGCGUUGACUGACUUGACUAAAUAGCUGGACACUAACACUAAAGAGAGGGGAAGGAGCCGUAGGCCGGACACGGGGCAUGACCUAGUUUCUAGGCCAUCUGUGCCCGAGGCCAGGAGGCGUCAACACAUCCAUGUUCCUUCAGUCUCAGGCUGUGGUGAAGUUAAAGCCUCAUACUGGGCACCAUUCCCUCCCUGAACUGCUGCUCUUGUUGGGCCUUUAUCUUCUCUUGUAAAACUUCACAAAAUUUUGAUUGCACACUGCAACCCACUGAGAUCUUCUGAGGACUUUAGGACUCUAUGAUGUAAAGUUCUGUCCACUCAGCAGGUCCUGGCAGAUAUGUCCUACUUUUAUGGAAAGAAAAUCCUUGCUACGGUUUAAUCCUGAAAGAUCCGUGUUGCACAAAGCAGAGUGGAAAUGAACAUACCUUACUGAGCCCACAAAUCUCAGAAAUCUUAACCCAAACCCAGCUGACUGUCUUUCUCUUUUGAACCAGGAUCAUUCAGAGACCGGCCUCCCCUGUACACUCACCAAGCGCUCACUCAGCUGUGAGUGACUCUUCAAUGGUUGAACCACUUUACUUCAAAAAACCUGCAUCAGCAGAUCAGUAAGUCAACAUCAGUCUAAGAAUCUCAGAAAGAUUAGCACACAUCUGACAUCGGUAAGAAUCUCUGAAAUUUAGUAAAUACAAGAGUGGCAAACAAGGUGGUACAGGUUCUUCUCCAUUCUUUUGGUAAAUAAAAAGAUAACAAAUAUUCAAACAGUACUUUUUCCAAACACAGCCAAUAAGCUUUCUCCUUUUUAACCAGGAUCGGUACAGGACCGGCCUCAACCAGUGGAUACUCAUCCAUGAGUGACAAUUCCAUGGACCCACCGCUUUAUUUCCGGGGCUCUCAUCCAUCACAGAAGAGUCCUGUCCAGAUGAAGUCAAAGGAAGAAACUCUUUAUACUUGACCAGCCAAUCGCAGAUUUUCUGCUGGCGGUGGAAUGGCCCUUGAGGAAAGGCCAUAGGACUUUUUUCACCUUGGACCUUCUGCAGAGUCAUAAGGGCUUGUGCGCCGCGGUGCAGCGCUCUAGACUCGCUUCCAGUGGGCGAGGUAGCUUGCCUUUCUGUAGGAGCAAACCCGUGGCGCUUCGGUGCACGGCACGCACGCUGUAUAUGGAAAUUCGGGGUUAGGUCUCCUAUCAGAGAGGUCAACGUGUCUUCUCUGUAGAUCCUGGGAUUGUGAGACCCUCUCAGGCUUUAAAACUGGCUUGUAGGCUGAGUCUUUGUUUGCGAACUACAAAAUGUAGUGGCAGGGCUAAGUGGGGGAUUGGGAUUGAGCCUUUAACACUGUUAGUUUCUCAAGCUGUGCUCUACAACUUUAAAGUAGAUGUCACUAUUUUGAGGUUUUUCUCUUCGUUAAACAGGAUCCAAGGGAGAGAGGACUAUCCAGAAUCUGAGCUCAGCGGUGUGUCCUUCAAGAGUGACCUCUCCAUGGAACAGCCCCUGUAUUUCAGGGAUCAGACUCUACCAUUGGCUGGAGGCGGUGCUUCUAAACAACAGCAUCAAACCAAACUGAAGGACAUAUUCAAGGAAGUGGAUCAGAAAAUCGUCACUUUUGUGAGGAAAGAGCUGGAGAAGAUGUUUCAGAGUUUGCUUGACCCAGAAAGCUCUGAGAGUCAGAAAGAAGAUGAGGAAGACAGACAGAGGGGUGACAGCAGAGAGGCCCUACUGAAGAUCACGGUGGACUUCCUGAGAAGCAUGAACCAGGAGGAGGUGGCUGACCUUCUGCUGAGCAAACCUCCAUCUUCAGUUUGUCAGCGCAAACUAAAAUCCAACCUGAAGGAGAAGUUCCAGUGUGUCUUUGAGGGCAUCGCUAAAGAAGGGAACCCAAUCCUCCUGAAUGAGAUCUACACAGAGCUCUACAUCACUGAGGGAGGGACUGGAGAGGUCAACCAGGAACACGAGGUCAAAGAAAUCGAAAAUGCAUCCAGAAAACCAUACACACCUGAAACAACCAUCAGACAGGAGGACAUCUUCAAAGCUGUGGCUGGAAGAAAAGAACCAAUCAGGACAGUGAUGACGAAGGGCGUGGCUGGCAUUGGGAAAACAGUCUUAACACAGAAGUUCACUCUGGACUGGGCUGAAGGCAAAGCCAACCAGGACAUCCAGUUCACAUUUCCAUUCACUUUCAGAGAGCUGAAUGUGCUGAAAGAGAAAGAGUUCAGCUUGGUGGAGCUCCUUCAUCACUUCUUUACUGAAACCAAAGAAGCAGGACUCUGCAGGUUUGAGGACUUCCAGGUGGUCUUCAUCUUUGACGGUCUGGAUGAGUGUCGGCUUCCUCUGGACUUCACCAACAAUGAGAUCCUGACUGAUAUCACCAAACCUGUCCCAGUGGAUGUCCUGCUCACUAACCUCAUCACCGGACAACUGCUCAGAUCUGCUCGCCUCUGGAUAACCACACGACCUGCAGCAGCCAAUCAGAUCCCUGCUAAGUGUGUUGACAUGGUGACAGAGGUCAGAGGGUUCACUGACCCUCAGAAGGAGGAGUACUUCAGGAAGAGGUUCAAAGAUGAGAGGCAGGCCAGCAGAAUCAUCUCCCACAUCAAGACCUCCAGAAGCCUCCACAUCAUGUGCCACAUCCCGGUCUUCUGCUGGAUCACUGCUACAGUUCUGGAGGAUCUGCUGAAGACCACCAAGAGAGGAGAGCUGCCCAAGACCCUGACUGAGAUGUACAUCUACUACCUGGUGGUACAGACCAAACUGAAGAACAUCAAGUAUGAUGGAGGAGCUGAGACUGAUCCACACUGGAAUGAAGAGAGCAUGAAGAUGAUCCGGUCUCUGGGUAAGCUGGCUUUUGAGCAGCUGCAGAAAGGAAACCUGAUCUUCUAUGAACCAGACCUGAUGGAGUGUGGCAUCGAUAUCAGAGAAGCCUCAACAUACUCAGGAGUGUUCACACAGGUCUUCAGGGUGGAGAGAGGACUGUACCAGGAAAAAGUGUAUUGCUUCAUCCAUCUGAGUGUUCAGGAGUUUCUGGCUGCUCUUCAUGUCCAUCAGACCUUCACCAACUCUGGAGUCAAUCUGCUGUCAGAAGAACCAUCAACCUCCCAGACACAGUUCUACCAAACAGCCGUGGACCAGGCCCUGCAGAGUCCAAAUGGACACCUGGACCUGUUCCUCCGCUUCCUCCUGGGUCUUUCACUGCAGACCAACCAGGAUCUCCUGCGAGGUCUGGUGAAACCGACAGGAAGUAGCUCAGAGACUGAUCAAGACAAAGUGGAGUACAUCAAGAAGAAGGUUGAGGAAAAGAUCUCACCAGAAAGGAGCAUCAAUCUGUUCCACUGUCUGAACGAGCUGAAGGACUAUUCUCUAGAAAAGCAGAUCCAGCAGUACCUUGGUUCAGGAAAACUUGCCAGAGAGAAACUGUCUCCUGCUCAGUGGUCAGCUCUGGACUUCAUCUUGCUCUCAUCAGAUAAUGAUCUGGAUGUCUUUGACCUGAAGAACUACUCUGCAUCUGAAGAGGCUCUCCUGAGGCUGCUGCCAGUGGUCAGAGCCUCCAAGAAAGCUGUGCUGAGUGGAUGUAAUCUCUCAGAAGAAAGCUGUAAAGCUCUGUCAUCAGUCAUCAGCUCCCAGUCCUCCAAUCUGAGGGAGCUGGACCUGAGUAACAACAACCUGCAGGACUCAGGAGUGGAGAUCUUGUCUGAGGGACUGGGGAGUCCGAACUGUUUACUGGAAACCCUCAGGCUGUCAGGCUGUCUGAUCACAGACAAAGGCUGCUCUUUUCUAGUCUCAGCUCUGACAUCCAACCCCUCCCACCUCAGAGAGCUUGACCUGCGCUACAAUCAUCUGACUAAUUCAGAAGUGGCCAAACUGGAAAAUCCAAACUGGGAACUUUGGGUGGAGCCUACUGGACCUGAAUGGUUGAGACCAGGUCUGAGGAAGUAUUCCUGUGAACUCACACUCGACCUAAACACUGUGUACAAAAAGAUCCAACUGUCCGACAACAACAGGAAGAUGACCUAUGUGGAGGAGGACCAGCCGUAUCCUGAUCAUCCAGACAGGUUUGAGGAGUGGCGUCAGGUGCUGUGUAGAGAUGGUCUGACUGGUCGCUGUUACUGGGAGGUGGACUGCCUUUGGUACGUUGACGUUGGGUUGAGUUACAGAGGAAUCAGCAGGAGAGGAAACAGAGAUGACUGUUCGUUUGGAAGGAACGAUCAGUCCUGGAGUCUCCACUGCACCAGUGAUGGUCGCUUUUGUGUGUGGCACAACAACAAAGGAACCAUCUCCUACUCCUCCGCCUCCUCGGCCUCAUCCGCUCCUGCUCAUACCUUAGGCCCUGUUCGAAACAGAGUAGCCGUGUAUGUGGACCAUCCUGCUGGCAUCUUGUCCUUCUAUGUAGUCUCCCCUGACACAGGCAAACUGAUCCACGUCCACACCUCCAACACCAGAUUCACUGAGCCGGUCUAUCCUGCCUUUAGUUUUGGGUUCAGCAAUGUUGGUUCCACGGUGUCUCUGUGCUCCCUUAAGGAGGAACAUCCUCAGGUAUGAGCAGGUCAUGUGGGUCGGUACCACUGACUGUAUGUAAAGAUUGACUCCAUUUUCCCCUUUUGUACAAAAGAGAAGCCAAAAUAUCCUACGCAACUGGUGCUGACAAAUGUGCUCAUGGGCCAAGUAGGCCUGUGCCUAGAAAUCAAAAUAGCAACAUGUCGACACUUCCUCCUAAAGCCUGAUUUAUGCUUCCGCCGUCAUUGACCAUUCCAAGAUCUGCAUCAAGGGAACCCGCCGCUCUGCAGUUCACCGCCACACCACUAGGGGGGUGUGGCUGUGUGUGUGUGUGGUUUCAGAGGGGUUACAUCCAAAUCCUUGUUUAUCUUCCGGUCACAGUAAACAAUGGUGACCGAGGUGAAGAUGAAGACUUCGGGCCCUGUUCUGCUCUGGCCUCCUUAUGGCCAUCCUCCAGACCUGCUUCAGGCCCAUGUCCCAUCUCUCCAGGUACCCCCUGCCCCCCUCCACAACGCACAUGGCACAUGGCCGCCACAGACAACUGGUCCAAUCUACCAGGUCCUGGGUACCCAGUAUGCUGUGAGCUGAUUCAGGGAAAGGGUGCCACAGCUGCUGUUCCUGAAUCCAUCAGCGGACUCUCCCCAUCCCUGCUCUCCUGAGUACAUCAGCAUUAAACACACGGUCUAACAACGAUACCCAAAGAGAAGUCACAAAGGGGUCCGGUCAGUACCUCAGUCCAUCAGUCAAUGUCCAGGCCUCACUAGAGUAAGACCAGGAGGACCGAGGACUGAAGACUUUCAUCUGCAGACUCAGAUAGCCAGAACACCACACCAGGUUGCCCAGUGAACCCUUCGCCCCCUCGCUGGUUAGGAUCAGCUUCACUAGUCCAAGUAGGCUAAUAGUAAAGAGAGACCAGAAUACUGAAUAAGAACAAAAGCAAUAAAACGCAGCAGAGAGUUUCAAGUUUAAAAAAGUAAAGAUCAUUGUUUUGGUAUUUAGUCAUAGCUCAGAGAUUAUAUAGAGCGGUGUUGAUCAACUCUGCUCAACCAGAGAGCCACAUUGUUGAAACUUACCUUCGCAAGAGCCACAAUCUAAGAGGUCGAAAGUGGCAAAAACAGCUUUAAGUAGCAAUAACAAUAAGUUAAGAUGGCAAAAAUUGUCCAAAUGUGGCAAAAAAAAUGAGAGAAAAGUGGCAAAAAAAGGGAAACAAGUGGUAUUUAAUGGCAAAGAUAGCUUAACUGGGUGAAAGUGGCAACAAAUUGAGAAAAAGGGCAAAAAUAGGAUAAAUGGGACAGAUAAGUUUGACAAAGCUUUCUGUAUCAGUCUGGAAACAAACUGAUUAAUGUGAAUAAUUUCUGAAGUCAAAGUUUCCCUUUCUCAGGUUUUCUGGGGGGGCCACACACUGAGUAUCAGUGAUGUGGAGGAUAUUUUCGUUUAUUUCUGGAUCCUUGAAGCAUCGCCUUCUCUGUUACCCUCUAGAAGAUAAAGCUAACUAUCAGUAGGGACCAGCUGGGAUAGCAGUGCCCCCCCCCCCAGACUAACCCCCUCAGGUGGGGGGUUCAUGUGUCAGUUUGGCGCUGAUAAGCUGUGGAAAGUUCCCAUCAGUUAACAUGGAGAGGAGUAAUGACCUGUGCUGUAGCCAGUCAGUAGACGCUCGAAUGUUUUGGCUUCACUUCUGGGUGCUGACGUGUUGUCCAUCUUUUUAUUCAGGCUGUGGUAUGUGAAGGAUGACUGUUAGAGAACUUCAGCAGACUUUGUAAAUAAAUAAAAAUGUGAAUGAACACAUCUGUUACAGCUUCUGUCCACAUAUAAUCUUCAGCAUGUGAACUUUGACCUUUGUUCAGCUUUAGUGUGGAUGUUAGGAUAGAAAGCGUUCCUGUCGGUGUGUUUAUGGACUUUAUAUUUUCUAAUGAAGCUCAGACGUAGUUUACACAGUAGAGCUAAUGUAAUGAACUUUAUUAACGCACCAGGAGCCUGAAGCUAAGCCCCGCCCCCUCUGAUGGGACCUGCUCAGCGCUGAAGCUGUUCUUAUUUUUAUUGAACCAGAAUGUUUCUUACUGUAGCUGUGAAUGUUUACUGGCUGUUGAAUAAAGACUUUAA